CUCCCUCCUCACUAACCGGUUCGACCCGGAUCCGGAUCCGGAUUGUAAUUUCAGAAAAAAAUCUGCAGAACGCAGAGUGAACAGAAACCUCUCCGAUUCCCAUUUCGCUUCGUUACCGGGCGAUUCGAAACCCUAAUUCACAUGAGAGUUCAUCAUCAUCAACAAUCAAAAGGUUAGUGAAGAAGAAGAAGAAGAAAAAAAAAAUGCAGAGCGCAUCGAGCUCCUCGGCUGCUCCUCCGUCGCCAGAAGCGAUACUAGAAUGGCUUCAGAAGGAGAUGGGAUACCGUAGCAAAUCCCACGCGCCUUCCGUCGAUUCCAUCAGAAAAAUCUGCAGAGGGAACAUGAUACCGAUUUGGGGGUUUUUGAUCAACCGAACGAAGUCGGAGAAGACUGUCGAUAACAUCAGGCGCAACAUCACCGUUCAUGGUGGUGCUGCCACUGCGAGUACGGUUAAAGAAGAGAGUAGUAAGGUUAAUAAAGGCGGGAGAAGGAGAGAGAAGAAGGUCUUGGCUGGGGAGAUUUUGAGCGGGGCUGAGAGCAGAGAGGCCGCGUUGCGUGAGAGGGAGGCGGCGGGGAAAGAGGUGGAGAGGUUGAGGAAUCUCGUGAGGAGGCAGAGGAAGGAUCUGAAAGCGAGGAUGCUCGAGGUGUCGAGAGAGGAAGCUGAGCGGAAGAGGAUGCUUGACGAGAGAGGUAGUUACAGGCAUAAGCAAGUGACGCUCGAAGCUUAUGAUCAGCAGUGUGAUGAAUCAGCGAGAAUAUUCGCUGAGUAUCACAAAAGGAUACAGAUCUACGUUGACCAAGCGAGGACUUCCCUUAGGUCGAGUGGUUUAGAUUAUUCAGGCGAUAGGGAAGCUGUUUAUACCUCUGUUAGAGGAAGUGAUGAUGUCAUUCUCGUCGAAACGACGCGGGAAAGGAGUGUUAGGAAAGCUUGUGAGUCACUUGCGUCGCACGUGGUUGAGAGGAUAUGUAACUCUUUCCCUGCUUACGAAGGAAACGGGGUUCACUCGCAUCCUGAGCUUGAAACUGCCAAGCUGAGUUUUGAAUACGAUGGUGGUGGAGAAGUAUCUGAUGAGAUGAGAGCUGUUGUAUUGAACUGCCUGACUAGUAGUCCUCCUCUUCUCCUUCAGGCUAUUGCUGCACAUACACUACGCCUUAAGACAAUGAUAUCGAAGGAGAUAGAGAGGGUGGAUCUCAGAGCUGAUGCUGAAACAUUGAGGUAUAAGUACGAAAACAACCGGGUAAUGGAGAUUUCUUCUUCUGAUGUGAGCUCGCCAUUAAGUUAUCAGUUUAAUGGUAAUGGGAGGAUAGCCACAGAUACUAAUUCCAAAGGAUCCAACAACCAGCUCCUUGAACGACAGAAAGCACAUGUUCAACAAUUCUUGGGAACUGAAGAUGCGCUAAACAAAGCGGCGGAAGCUCGGGUUUUAUCUCAGAAACUUAAAAACCGUUUGCAAGGGAGUGCUGACACAGUUUCUUCACAUUCACUUGGUGGAGGCAUGUCACAGAAUGUUAGAAAUCUUAGGCAAUUAGAGUUGGACGUAUGGGGUAAGGAACGAGAAGCUGCUGGUUUGAGAGCUAGCUUAAAUACACUUUUAUCUGAAAUACAACGGCUGAAUAAAUUAUGCGCUGAAAGGAAAGAAGCUGAACAUUCAUUAAAACAGAAGUGGAAGAAAAUUGAAGAAUUUGAUGCUCGCAGAUCCGAACUUGAAACCAUAUAUACUACUCUUCUCAAGGCCAACAUGGAUGCUGCUGCAUUCUGGAAUCAGCAGCCACUAGCUGCAAGGGAAUACGCAAUGGCCACUAUAAUUCCAGCGUGUGAGGUUGUUGCAGACAUUUCGAACAACUCUAAAGAUUUCAUUGAGAAAGAAGUGUCUGCUUUCUUCCAGAGUCCUGAUAACACCCUCUAUAUGCUUCCAGCAACUCCACAGGCCCUUCUAGAGUCUAUGGGAGCUAAUGGGUCAACAGGACCUGAAGCUAUUGCCUCAGCAGAGAAGAAUGCUGCUUUGUUGACUGCAAGAGCUGGUGCUAGAGAUCCUUCGGCAAUUCCUUCUGUAUGCCGCAUUUCUGCCGCCCUUCAGUAUCCUGCGGGUUUGGAGGGUUCAGAUGCAAGUUUGGCAUCAAUUCUAGAGUCUCUUGAGUUCUGCUUGAGGCUCCGUGGCUCCGAGGCAUGUGUGUUGGAAGAUUUAGCAAAAGCAAUCAACUUGGUGGAUAUACGUCAGGAUUUAGUUGAAAGUGGUCGCUCUCUACUAAGCCAUGCGUACCAUGCCCAGCAAGAGUAUGAAAGGACAACUAAGCAUUGCCUAGAUCUCGCCACAAAACAAGAUAAUACAAUAACAGAGAAAUGGUUGCCCGAGCUCAAGACUGCAGUCUUGAAUGCUCAAACUUCCUUGGAGCACUGCAAAUACGUAUGGGGUUUGCUGGAUGAAUGGUACGAGCAGCCUGCUGCAACUGUUGUGGACUGGGUCACGGUAGAUGGGCAAAACGUUGCGGCAUGGCAUAACCAUGUGAAAUCAUCCUAUUGUCUUCUACGAUAAGGAUGAAGAAAAAUGUCCAUCAGAUUCUGAAGGUUUGCUUAGUGGCAAGCAGGUACAAUUGUAUAGAGAACGGUUCUAUAUUAUUCUCCAUAGUAACGAUCCACUGUUUUAUCUAAUAGGUCUUUAGUUUAUUUCCCCAGCAUUGGUUUGCAAAGGGCCCUCGCUUUGUAUUUUGCGGGUUUGAUGACUGUUUUUACGCAGACACUUGUGUUUUGUAUAAACAAGUGGUCGAAUAGCUCUGUUUUCACGAACUAAAAAAAUAGACAUGGCACAAAUGUUAAUAUAUGUGCUACAAAUUACUCGAGCUUUA